GCGCUCUACUGGCCGCACGCCUCAUCUCUUGCGAGCCGAGAGCACGCGGGCGCGAGCGUCAGCUUCCAAGGACGCACCGCGGGCACGAGAGCUUCAGGUCGUCUGAAAGUCCGCGAGCAUCAACGGGCAGAGAGCGGGAGGCGGGCACGAGCUUUACAGGUCGACCUGAUCAAUCGAUAAAUCCCAUUUAUUGAUUUUCUCUUUGUGUUGAGUGAAGCGGCGCGUGAAUCAACAACAGCUCAUCACCACAGAAAAAGACACCCCGGGACACGGUGACGUCAAUUUAUUCAGCGAGAGGACACGAGACAGAGAAGCCAACCGGAACGGGACAUGUGACGGUACCGGGCCGUUACCGGGAGCAGCGGGAGGAAUCCCCGGUAAACACAUCUCAGGCGGGGACAAUCAACAGGAGAGGCUCGGUACCGGAGAGCUGGUUCCAUUAGGAGCAACAUGGAGCUGCGCGGCGUGCUCCUCCUCGCCGUGCUGCAGUGCUGCUCCUUGGCGCUCGGCGGCUGCGAGCCGCGGCCGGUGAACAUCGGCGCCGUGCUGAGCCAGAAGCGCUACGAGCAGGUCUUCAAGGAGGCGGUGAGCUCGGCCAACGCGCUCUACGGGAAGGACAAGUUCAGGAUGAACGGCAUCUCCGUCACACACAAGGCCAACGCCAUCCAGAUGGCCCUCUCCGUCUGUGAGGACCUGAUCUCCAACCAGGUGUACGCCAUCCUGGUCAGCCAUCCUCCUCAGUCCAACGACCACUUGACCCCGACCCCCGUCUCCUACACCGCCGGCUUCUACCGGAUCCCCGUGGUGGGCCUGACCACCCGGAUGUCCAUCUACUCAGACAAGAGCAUCCACCUGUCCUUCCUGAGGACCGUGCCCCCCUACUCCCACCAGGCCCAUGUGUGGUUCGACCUGAUGAGGGAGUUCAGGUGGAACCACAUCAUCCUCAUCGUCAGCGACGACCACGAAGGACGAGCCGCCCAGAAGAGGCUGGAGACGCUGCUGGAGGAGCGCGAAACCAAGACUAAAAACAGGAACUAUGAAAACCUCGACCAACACAGCUAUGACUUCAGGAGAACACCCAAGGCAGAGAAGGUGCUGCUGUUCAGCCCGGACACCAACCUGACGGCCCUGCUGCUGGAGGCCAAAGACCUGGAGGCCCGAGUCAUCAUCCUCUCUGCCAGUGAGGAUGAAGCUGCCGCUGUGUACAAAGCAGCCCGUCAGCUCAACAUGACCGGCUCCGGCUACGUCUGGCUGGUGGGAGAAAGAGAGAUGACCGGGAAGGCUCUAAGUGAAGCUCCAGAUGGCCUGCUGGGCCUCCAGCUGAUUAACGGUAAGAACGAGUCCGCCCACAUCGCCGACGCCGUGGCCGUGGUGGCUCAGUCUCUGCAGGAGCUCUUUGAGAAGGAGAACAUCACGGAGCCUCCGCGUGGCUGCGUGGGAAAUACCAACAUCUGGAGGACGGGGCCGCUCUUCAAACGAGUGCUUAUGUCAUCCAAGUACCCCGACGGUCUGACUGGACGGAUCGAGUUCAACGAUGACGGCGACCGGCGAUUUGCCACCUACAGCAUCUUGAACUACCAGCAGAAACCAGGUCGCCUUGUCCAGGUCGGAGUCUUCAACGGCUCUCAGGUUGUGAUGAACCCUCAGAGGAAGAUCAUCUGGCCUGGAGGAGAGACAGAGAAGCCAGUCGGAUACCAGAUGUCAACUAAACUGAAGAUAGUGACGAUCCAUCAGGAGCCCUUUGUGUACGUGAAGCCUACAAAGACUGACGGAACGUGUAAAGAAGAGUUCACCGUCAACGGAGUCCUGAUCAAGAAGGUGAUCUGCACCGGGCCCAACGGCACCACACCAGGUCAGCCCAUAGUCCCUCAGUGUUGCUAUGGUUUCUGCAUCGACUUGCUCAUCAAGCUGGCGAUGAGCAUGAACUUCACUUAUGAGGUUCACCUGGUGGCUGAUGGGAAAUUUGGCACGCAGGAGCGCGUGAACAACAGUAAUAAGAAGGAGUGGAACGGGAUGAUGGGGGAGCUGUUGGGAGGUCUUGCCGAUAUGAUUGUGGCUCCUCUCACCAUCAACAAUGAGCGUGCUCAGUACAUUGAGUUCUCCAAACCCUUCAAGUAUCAGGGACUCACCAUCCUGGUGAAGAAGGAAAUCCCUCGCAGCACUCUGGACUCGUUUAUGCAGCCGUUCCAGAGCACACUGUGGCUAUUAGUCGGUCUGUCGGUCCACGUGGUGGCAGUGAUGCUUUACCUAUUAGACCGGUUCAGCCCGUUCGGAAGGUUUAAAGUGAAUAGUGAAGAAGAAGAAGAAGAUGCCCUCACCCUGUCCUCUGCCAUGUGGUUUUCAUGGGGAGUACUGUUGAACUCUGGGAUAGGAGAAGGAGCUCCCAGGAGUUUCUCAGCAAGGAUUCUGGGUAUGGUGUGGGCAGGUUUUGCUAUGAUCAUCGUAGCGUCCUAUACUGCCAAUCUGGCAGCCUUCCUUGUGUUGGACCGGCCUGAGGAGCGCAUCACUGGCAUCAACGACCCCAGGCUGCGUAACCCGUCGGAUAAGUUCAUCUACGCCACAGUGAAGCAGAGCUCAGUAGAUAUCUACUUCAGACGUCAGGUGGAGCUGAGCACCAUGUACCGGCACAUGGAGAAGCACAACUACGAGAGCGCUGCCGAGGCCAUCCAGGCCGUCAGAGACAAUAAGCUUCAUGCCUUCAUCUGGGACAGCGCUGUGUUGGAGUUCGAGGCGUCGCAGAAGUGCGACCUGGUGACGACAGGAGAGCUUUUCUUUCGCUCCGGAUUUGGGAUUGGAAUGAGAAAAGACAGUCCGUGGAAACAGAACGUUUCUCUGGCUAUUCUCAGUUCCCAUGAGAACGGCUUCAUGGAGGAUCUAGACAAGACGUGGGUUCGAUACCAGGAGUGUGACUCAAGGAGCAAUGCCCCCGCUACACUUACCUUUGAGAACAUGGCAGGUGUGUUCAUGCUGGUUGCCGGGGGCAUCGUGGCCGGGAUCUUCCUCAUCUUCAUCGAGAUCGCUUACAAACGCCACAAAGACGCCCGCAGGAAACAGAUGCAACUCGCCUUCGCCGCUGUGAACGUGUGGAGGAAGAACUUGCAGCCGUACCCGACUGACAUCACCGGACAGCUCAACCUAUCAGAUCCCUCCGUCAGCACCGUGGUGUGAGGGGCAGCUACACACAGACACUAUGCUACAAACACACACACACACACACUAUGCUACGAACACACACACACACACACACACACACACACACACUAUGCUACGAACACACACUAUGCUACAAACACACACACACAGACACUAUGCUACGAACACACACACACACUAUGCUACGAACACACACACACACACAGACACUAUGCUACGAACACACACACACACACAGACACUAUGCUACGAACACACACACACACACACAGACACUAUGCUACGAACACACACACACACACAGACACUAUGCUACGAACACACACACACACACAAUAUGCUACGAACACACACACACACACAGACACUAUGCUACGAACACACACACAGACACUAUGCUACGAACACACACACACACACAGACACUAUGCUACGAACACACACACACACACACAGACACUAUGCUACGAACACACACACAGACACUAUGCUACGAACACACACACACACACACACACUAUGCUACGAACACACACACACACACACAGACACUAUGCUACGAACACACACUAUGCUACACACACACACACAGACACACACACACUAUGCUACACACACACACACACACACAAUAUGCUACGAACACACACACAGACACUAUGCUACGAACACACACACACACACACACACUAUGCUACGAACACACACACACACACACAGACACUAUGCUACGAACACACACUAUGCUACACACACACACACAGACACACACACACUAUGCUACACACACACACACAGAUGGGCGGACUGAGCGUCCUCUGUGACAGGAAGUAGAAUCCGAUGGCAGCAGGACUUCAGGACGCCAUCACACUGUGACUCACACACACACACACACACACACCAUCUGUCGUCCUAGACCCACUGCACACACACACACAGACUCACACUAUCGCCUUGCUCUGCUUGUAGCCGUCAGCCUCCUCCAACCAGAGGAUCUUUUAUUUUGAAAGAACUCUUUUACUUCGGUGGGUGUCUUUUGAUGUCGUACAGUUUCCUGUCCGUCUCACCGAUUGAUUGAUCCCGCCAAUCACGUGAACUCAAGCUCCCGAAGCACUUCGAUCACCUGCCGAUCGACCGGGAACCUUUUGAUCGAUCGGACUUAUCGAUUGAUCGGGGAACCCGUCGGUCGCUUGGGGACCGAUCACCGACCAGAGAGUGGCAGGUGGGCCGGGCCUCUGGGACAGGAAGUACUUUCUCUGGAUGGAUUGGCCAUUCAUGAGGAGUGAAAGUAAAUGUUUAUAACACAGAUAUUUCUGCAGAUCUGAGGACAUUUCACUUAUUGAUGAAGUAUUGACGAGUAUUUCUUCUUCACUCAAUGAUAUCCAAUGAGUUCACGUUCAAAAGCUCCUCUUGUCUGUUGUGUUAUAAACACUUUAUUGUGUUUAUACUUCUUAUAAAUGGUAAAUACAUUAUGAAUAUUGCUAACAAGGAAGUAAUAUUAUAACUUUUAUUUAUUAUUAUUUAUUCAAGUUCUGAAGGAUCAAAAUAAUGCACAUUGAUAUUAAUAAGGUUUAAUAAGUGAUAUUAAUAAUAUUAUCAGGACUUUAAUAUUUAUUGACUGUGUUAAAGUAUAUAAAUGAAUGAAAACAAUUGAUGAUGUACUACUGACGAUCAGUAGUAGAGACCGUUAAAUAAUCAUAAUAGUACAUUUUAUUUAUAACGCACUCUUUGUCAAAAGGUCUCAGAGUGUGACAAUUAUUGUAACAUUAAAAUUAAAAAAAACGUUUUUUUAAAUUAUUCACUUUGAAAAUGAUUUUUUUCAGUUAUUCUGAUUUUAAUAACAACUUUUGUUUUGAAGUUACACCUUUGUUUAGUUGCAUUUGAUCAAACCAAAUACAUAUUCUAAUAUUAUUGUUACGUUUUUUCUCAUUUUAUUUAUUAAUUUAAAUGAUUUACUGGUAUCAGAUUAUUCGAAGUAUAUGUAUCUAUUUAAUUUAGUUCAUUGUUUUUUAAUAACAAUAAUGAGAAAUCAGAAUAUUACAUUUAGAAAAUACUCCCUGAACCAGAGGCUCCGCCCACCGUCCCCAGACAACCCCAGUGCAUUAUGGGACGUGUAUUCUCUGCUCCACCUCCACCCAAGCGUGAUGGGACACGAAGUCUCUGCUGAAGACGUCGACCUCUAUGACCUCCUCUCAUUUCUCUGACCUUUAGACAUGAAUGGGGUUUUAUUUUUUUAUCUUACAAAUAGGGAAACGAAGCGCCGCCUCCUGCGUGAAGGUCGUGUGUUUGUUUGAGCCGCCCUGCAGAGUCCGAGUCUCUUUAAACUACGUCACCUUUCCUCCGUCAGAACCACUACAACCACAGUUACACUGUGAUGUAGAAGAAAAACCCCAAACAUAUAUAUCUCAAAUGAAAAAGGUUAAGGCUCAGAUAGCAUCUAAAGCUAACAGGCUAGUGGUUUGUUAGCGAUAUUUGAACAACAGUUAUAAUUAGACGCUGAUGUUCAUGUAGCAGCUAACGCUAACAAUCUCGUUGAAUUUUGAAAUUGACAAAGGGACACACAGGUAAUUUUGGUGGCUUACUAGUGUACCGCCUAAAGCUAACAGUGGUUUGAAUUGUCGUGUAGCUAAACCCAGCUAACGCUAAUCCCAACGAGAGCUACAACCAGGUGUAGUGGCUAACAGCUAAUGAUGAGCAGCAGUAUUACUAUACGUUACACAUCUAAUGCUAAAGCUAAGGCAGCUAUCAUUGCUAAAUCAAGCUAAGUGUAAGUCAAUGAGACAAUUGUUCAUGAUUUUUAAAGGUACGUUUUCUUGAAAUUGAAAAUUGAAAUUGUAUUUUGUCAUAUUAUCAUUCAAUAAUAAUAUUAAUUAAUAUGCCAUGAUAAAUAUACAUUCCAUGGAAGAGAGGUUUUAUUUUGUUUUAUUUUAAAUUGAAUAUGUCCUGUGAACAAGGUUUAAUAAAGACUUGGACUAUACUCUGCUGGUCGGUUCAGGUGAGACCGACACGAUGAAUAUUGAAUAUUGAUUUUGAUGUGUGUAUUGAUCGGUCAGUUCUCGUCAUGUUUCACACAGCCAGCUGCACGGGGAGUCGACCAGUAAUCAAUACGUAUUAUAUUCCACCCAGGAACAUUAUUUAUUUUAUUAUUAUUAUUUAUUACUUUCAAGUCACUCUGUCUCACUAUACGUUACAUUAUGGAUUUAUGUGCUUUAGUGGGAAUUUAUAUGAUUAUUUGUUCAUUGACAACACUGACCUUCAGGUUUGAAAAAAAACAGGAUGUUUUACUCUGAAAGGUUGAUUGCUGAUAAUCCAAAUAAACUUCAGUUAUGAUGAUCAAUAAACAAAAGUGACAACAAUAAACUGAGAACUGAUCCAAACGCUAAAAUAUAAAUAUAAUGUAGCAUUAAAUAUAUAUUCAAAUAUGUGCCAAUAACAGUUGCAGUGUUGAUAAUGUCAUCAUUUGCUGUUUUUUUUAAGAUUAAAUACAGAUUAAAUUAUAAAUAUUUUAGUUGGAUUUGAUCAAACCUUUAAAUGUUGAAAGUUUAUUAGCUGAUACGAUAAUAGAGUCAAAGAGUCACAUCAUGCCGUGAUGUUGUUUCUAUUUCCUGUUUUUUCAUUUCUUUUGGACGUCGACACGGAUUGAACUUGUUGUUUGGAGAGUUGAACAGAUGAUGAUGAUGAUGAUGAUGAUGUUUGUAUUAAUCUAUAACCUCUUGUGAACUGUCUCUAACUGUAGAGGAAGACCUUUGACCUUUGACAUGAACUGUUUGUUUACCUCCCCACGCUGUGAAGACAAUAGGUCCUAAAUAUUAUUAUCAAUAAUAUAUGUGGUGUAGCUAAACCUGGAGAACUGUAAAGUUUGUGUACAGCACUCCAUGAAAACUACAAGUUUACAGUAAUAAAUGGACAUUUACUUCA